AAGGGGCUUUCAUCUUUGCGUACAUCAUUCCACCCUUUUACAUAUAAUUUACACGAUUGAUCAAUUUUUUGAAUCUUCGACCAUUGAUCAUACAUUGCCAUGAGAGCAAAACAUUUUUCACUUUGGCUUCUACGGUUUUCCCUACUUCUUUUGCUCAACAAUGGCGUCAAUUCUACUAAUAAGGUUUUGCCUUUGUGGGACUUGAACGAACCUGCACCGAUAGAAGAAGCGGAAGAACGACAACAUUCACCUACUGUCUCGCAUGUUCAAAGUCCAAGGCUGGAAGACAGAGUCGCUACAGCUCGAACUCAUGACGUGCCCAUCUCUGAAUCUCAUGCAGGUACGGAGUCAGUUUGUGAAAUCCAUCAUAAAGAUUGCGAACAUUGGAAAGAGUUAACAAAGAAAGAAAAAAAAUCUGCCAAGAAUAAGAGAUAUCGAAAAAAUGCUGUGAGUAAUGUCGGUAAAAAAUGAAAUGUACGUUCGAAUUAUUUGUUGAUUUUUUGUCAUUCAGACAAAGGAGCAGCUAGACAGACUUCGUACACGAUCACGUAACUAUUAUCACUCUUUGUCAGAAGAAAAGAAAGAAGCAUCUAUCGC